CGGGGGCCUCCGGGUGGAAGAUGCUCCGGAGCGACGAGGCGGCGGCUCGGAAGGAGCGACGAGGCUCUCCCGGCGGCCGCGGCGGCGGCGGCGGCGACGACGAAGGCGCGCGGGGCCGGGCGCUCGCGUGAAGGGCGGGACGGCGGCGGCGGGGAAGGCGAAGGCGCAGGCGAAGGCGAAGGCGAAGGCGCAGGCGGCCCGGGCGGGCGCAGGCGCAGGCGGAGGCGGAGAAGGACGCGGCCGGCCUCGCUCGCUCCCGGCCCAGCUCCGCGCGCGCAGAUCCAUCACUAAAGAUGGGUGCGUUUUUGGAUAAACCCAAGACUGAAAAGCACAGUGCUCACGGUGCUGGGAAUGGCCUGCGUUAUGGCCUCAGCAGCAUGCAGGGCUGGCGAGUGGAGAUGGAGGACGCGCACACUGCUGUGGUGGGCAUUCCCCAGGGCUUGGAGGACUGGUCCUUCUUUGCCGUUUAUGAUGGCCAUGCUGGAUCCCGGGUAGCCAAUUACUGCUCCACUCACUUACUCGAGCACAUCACGAACAAUGAAGAUUUCAGGGCAGCAGGCAGAUCGGGUCCUGCUCCUGAGCCUUCUGUGGAGAGUGUCAAGAAGGGCAUUCGAACUGGCUUUUUGAAAAUUGAUGAGUACAUGCGUGAUUUUUCGGACCUCAGAAACGGCAUGGACCGGAGCGGCUCCACAGCCGUGGGUGUGAUGAUCUCUCCAAAGCACAUCUACUUUAUCAACUGCGGUGACUCACGAGCUGUGCUCUGCCGGAAGGCCCAGGUCUGUUUCUCCACCCAGGACCACAAGCCGUGCAACCCUAAGGAGAAGGAGCGCAUCCAGAAUGCAGGGGGCAGUGUUAUGAUCCAGCGCGUCAAUGGCUCACUGGCUGUGUCCCGGGCCCUGGGGGACUAUGACUACAAGUGCGUGGAAGGGAAGGGUCCCACGGAACAGCUGGUCUCCCCUGAGCCCGAGGUCUUUGAUGUUGUGAGGGCCGAUGACGACGAGUUCAUCAUCCUGGCUUGCGACGGGAUCUGGGAUGUGAUGAGUAACGAGGAGCUCUGCGAAUACGUCCAAUCUCGGCUCGAGGUGUCUGACGAUCUGGAGAACGUGUGCAAUUGGGUAGUGGACACUUGUUUACAUAAGGGAAGUCGAGAUAACAUGAGUAUUGUGCUAGUUUGUUUUUCAAAUGCCCCCAAGGUCUCAGAUGAAGCGGUGAGGAAAGAUUCAGAGUUGGAUAAGUACUUGGAAUCACGGGUUGAAGAAAUUAUGGAAAAGUCUGGUGAGGAGAGAAUGCCUGAUCUUGCCCAGGUCAUGCGCAUCUUGUCCGCUGAAAGUAUCCCAAAUUUGCCUCCUGGAGGAGGCCUUGCUGGCAAGCGCCAUGUUAUUGAAGCUGUUUAUAAUAGGCUGAACCCACACAGAGAAAACGACGGGGGUGCUGGAGAUCUAGAAGACCCAUGGUAGCCUUAUAAACCUUCUAAAAUGCUUUUGAUUCAGAAAUUGGGGAAAACUUUUAAUCACAAUUUUCUUCAAUCCGAGGGAAUAUGUUCUUGUGGAUUCCCAGCGUUGUGUGCUCUGAGCAGACACCGUUAGCAUCUCCCGCAUUCGUUCCUCUUUGUGUUUAAUGACAGUUGCCACUUGUAGCGUGGCCUGCACUGCAGUGUUUUUGGCCACCGUCAGGCACUCGGGCUGCUUGUGUAUCGAACUUUUGGCCCUAGACACCAGCGGAGUUGUGUGAGCACCGGCGCAGGGGUGUGGAGGCGCACGGGGACGUAGGUAGCAGCUCUGGAAGACCAGGCGCAUCACACCGAGAGUGCUGCUGACGCCCCCUUGCCCUUCUCCAAGGUGGAAGCCUUUCACAGCUCUGUAACUUGACAUUUCCUUUAGGCCGUUUUACUGUAGGCUAUAUAUUUAUUAAUUGUUAUUUAAUUUUUCCCCAAUUUUACCUGUAUUACCAAACUGGGUUCUCCAAUAAUGUCCAAAUUGUAAUGUUGCCUGUUUCAAGAUAAAGUGUAUUUGGCAAUAACACUAUAAACCCUUACAGAAUUUCUGCAUGUAUCAGCUACAUCCUUCAACUCUUACUAGAGAAGCUUUUAAAACCAAAUGGAUUAAUUUAUGGCUAUUUUAUCAGUUGCUCUGACAUCUCACUGCUGCAGUGUUUUAUUUUGUUUGUUUUUAUUUUUAAUGACGAGAUUUGCCUUUAUAAUGUAAAUUGUGAUUAACCUUUAACCUGGUAACAUUGGGCUCGGUACAGAGUGGUUGUCACAGAAGGUACUUGAAAAUGAUUUGUUGAACCUCUUUUCACAUUAACCUUGAGUUCUUUUGGAUUUCCUUGUUAUUAAUGCUGAUCUGGAGAGUAAAGUAUUUAUCUAAGAGGCUUCUGGGUGGGUGCAGCCCUGGCUGCCCCGGGGCCCCUGGUUUCCCUGUUGUGGAUGUCUGUACCCUCCCAUGCCACAUGGUGUUUCUGCGGGUGCCAUUCCCCUGGUGUGUGGUUGGGACGAAUUGUCGUCUGUCCCUGGGUAAGACUGAGGGCCCUGAUGUUUGCCCUGAAACUUCCCUGAGGUGACUUGGAGGAGACUUGGGUUUUUGGCCUAUAAGAAACAUUUGCCACAAUAAUUUUUAUUUAUUCUUUCAAUUUCAGCCGUUAAGUGAAAGUGCUUUACUCGAUGAUGUUAAAAGCUCAUCGUUCCUUUUCCAGGUUUGGGGGGCUGGUGAAAGAGGGGGGCUGGGGAUGCCGACCUGACUCCCCUCCCUGUUCGCCUUGUGCUGUCUACACUGCAGUGAGCGUGACCACCCUGUUACUGAAUAAAGGACUGAGACAAA